AUGUUUCCUGUCUCAACGGAGAUGCUUGAGCUGGAGACAUCGAAACUUAUGCAGGAUUUAGUGCACCUGCGUAAAUUGUUGCAUAAAAUCCCCUCCAGACCGACCUUACACGGGUCACUAAACAUCAUCGGCCCAGCAAACCACUCUGUCAACUAUCUGAGCCAGCAAAACAUCGAAGAAGCGCACCGUCCUACCAGUUUAUACUCCAAAGAGCCUGAUUGCCGAGCCAAACGCAUCCUUGAAUCACCGAACGUCUCUCAGGCACGUCUUGCCCCGAAUCCCAAACACGAUACAAAACAGCAAGUCGAGUGCUCAGUGCCAGACCCGUACGUUCAGGAGAGCACCAACGUUUCCGCCUUCCAACCCUGCCAUCACUUCUCGGGCCUCAAUCGAUCACCACACCACCUUACAGCCUCAGCAUCUUGCCCAAGCCUAACGAAAACCCUUGGAUUACCUACGCCGGUCGAGUCGAGCAACCUUGCGCUCUCCGGCCACAGGCCACCAGGGCGGUGA